GGUAGUUGGGUAGGUGUGUGUGAGUGUGUUCUGGUGACAGGUAGGGUGGGUAGGUACAUUGGCAUCACCUGACUCCAGCAGCAUUACAUGAUCCUGAAUAAAUAUUUGCUGAUUGAGAGGAGACUGUGACUGUGCAGUAUCGACAUGUUUGGUAUUAUUAUCAAGAAGUCUGGACAGUCAUUUGGUUCAUAGGAAAGUGUCCCGUUCAUUUCUGAUCAGUGUUUGAUAAGUGGCAGAACUAUGGACCAUCCUCUGGUGUGGGUUCUCAUCCUGGUGCUGCUCAACUUCACGACAGGUGUCUCUGGCCAGGUGGUGGUUCCCUCUAUGAACCCCUUAGCUGUGGGCAGUAAUGUCACCCUGAACCUAGUUCCCGAAAGCCCCAUCAACAUAGGGACCUGGUCAUACGAAACUACAGCCAUCGUACUUUUCUAUCCUGGUGGCAGUAUUGUGAGUACAAGUUAUCAAGGCAGAGUCUCAUUCAACCGCUCCUCCUCAGAGCUGUCCAUAAGCUCUCUCCAACUCAACGACUCAGGACGAUAUACCGUGCAGGGAAUGGAGCCAGUCCUGAAAGCUGUGGUGACUUUGUCUGUCCAGGAGCCCAUUUCAAACGUGACUCUAAGGGCCAACGCCACUGAUCUAGUGGAAUUAAACGACACUUCCAUUUUCACCUGCUCCGUCUCCUCUGGCACCUCCCUCUCCUACCGCUGGAUGAAUGGCAGCUCAGAGGUUGCAGCCAGUGACAGAGUUCGGCUUGGAGUUGGGAACAGCACUCUCUCCAUAGUCAGUGUGACACGAUACGAUGAAGGGCCAUUCAGAUGUGAGGUCAUCAAUGGAAUCAGCAAUGGCACCAGCCAGCCCAUUGGCCUCAAUGUUAGAUAUGGCCCAAGUAACCUCACCAUGAUGGUAGUUCCUGAGAUGACCAUAGGACAUACAGCCUACAUGAUGGGCUCUGUCAUCACUCUGUCCUGCUCCGCUCAGUCCAAACCCGCUGUGUCCUACAAGUGGAGGUUUAAUGGGGUGUUCCUCAACGAUCAAAGUCCACAGCUGAGCCUGCAGAACACCAGGGAGAACCAGACAGGAAGUUACGCAUGCUUAGCCCACAACAAUGUCACACUCCGAUACGCCUCCAUGACCACAAUGAUAAAGAUCGUGGAGCCGAUAUCAGCGGUGUCGUUGAAUCGUGAUGGGAAGCUACCGAUACUGGAUCAGUCCUUCACUCUGCGGUGUGAGGUGACUGGACCUGUAGUCUACAUUCAUUGGUUGAUUAACGGCCAGCUCAUCUCCCUAAACAACAGAACAUUCUUCUCUACGGACAACAAGACAAUGGUUAUCAACCCAAUCCAGUUUUCUGACAGUGGAGAAUAUCUCUGUGAGGCCUUUAAUGCUGUUAGCAACUUGACCAGCAUGACAUACAAGCUUGUGGUGAACUUUGGACCAGAGAGACCUGACGUAACUAGUCCAGCUAUAGCAAUGACAGGACACAUCGUGACCUUCAACUGCUCUGCCUCCUCUCAGCCUCCCAGCCAGUUUAGCUGGUUCUUCAAUGGCUCCCAGGUGGCGAGUGGCUCAGUGUAUGAGACUGGCCCACUGACCUUAGCCAGUCAUGGGGAGUACACCUGUGUGGCCUUCAACAACGUCACUGUCAGAAACAGCACUGUCUCCAAGAUGCUCACUGUUGUUGAACCUGUAACCAUGGCCAUGGUGAAAGUCAUGGGUGCCCAGCCAAUAACAGACUACCUGUUUACUCUGACCUGUGAGACCACUGGAACCAUUUACUCCAUUCACUGGAUGAAGAACGGCUGGCCUCUGUAUGCUGAUAACAGAACAGACUUCUCUAUGGACAACAAUACACUAACCUUCAACUCUGUCGAGGAUUCUGACAACGGAGACUAUCAGUGUUCUGCCUACAACCCCCUCAGCAACAUGACCAGCCCAGAAUACAGACUGAUCGUCAACUACGGUCCAGAGAGACCUGUUAUCAUGAGUCCGGAUAUAGCGAUGACAGGACACAUCGUGACCUUCAACUGCUCUGCCUCCUCUCAGCCUCCCAGCCAGUUCAGCUGGUUCUUCAAUGGCUCCCAGGUGGCGAGUGGCUCAGUGUAUGAGACUGGCCCACUGACCUUAGCCAGUCAUGGGGAGUACACCUGUGUGGCCUUCAACAACGUCACUGUCAGAAACAGCACUGUCUCCAAGAUGCUCACCAUCAUUGCACCUGUGACCAUGACCAUGGUGAAAGUCAUUGGAUCCCAGCCAAUACUGAACGAGAGAUUCUCUCUGACCUGUGGCACCGCUGGAACGGUUUACUCCAUACACUGGAUGAGGAACGGCGGGCCUCUGUAUGCUGACAACAGAACAGACUUCUCUAUGGACAACAAUACACUGACCUUCAACUAUGUCCAGCAUUCUGACAUCGGAGACUAUCAAUGUUCUGCUUCCAACCCCCUCAGCAACAUGACCAGCCCAAACUACAGACUGAUCGUCAACUAUGGACCAGAGAUGCCUGUUAUAACAGGACCAGCAUUUGGAGAAACAGGACACAUCGUGACCUUCAACUGCUCUGCGUCCUCUCAGCCUCCCAGCCAGUUCAGCUGGUUCUUCAAUGGCUCCCAGGUGGCGAGUGGCUCAGUGUAUGAGACUGGCCCACUGACCUUAGCCAGUCAUGGGGAGUACACCUGUGUGGCCUUCAACAACGUCACUGUCAGAAACAGCACUGUCUCCAAGAUGCUCACUGUUGUUGAACCUGUAACCAUGGCCAUGGUGAAAGUCAUGGGUGCCCAGCCAAUAGCAGACUACUUGUUUACUCUGACCUGUGACACCGCUGGAACCAUUUACUCCAUUCACUGGAUGAAGAACGGCUGGCCUCUGUAUGCUGAUAACAGAACAGACUUCUCUAUGGACAACAAUACACUAACCUUCAACUCUGUCGAGGAUUCUGACAACGGAGACUAUCAGUGUUCUGCCUACAACCCCCUCAGCAACAUGACCAGCCCAGAAUACAGACUGAUCGUCAACUAUGGUCCAGAGAGACCUGUUAUCAUGAGUCCGGAUAUAGCGAUGACAGGACACAUUGUGAUCUUCAACUGCUCUGCCUCCUCUCAGCCUCCCAGCCAGUUCAGCUGGUUCUUCAAUGGCUCCCAGGUGGCGAGUGGCUCAGUGUAUGAGACUGGCCCACUGACCUUAGCCAGUCAUGGGGAGUACACCUGUGUGGCCUUCAACAACGUCACUGUCAGAAACAGCACUGUCUCCAAGAUGCUCACUGUUGUUGAACCUGUAACCAUGGCCAUGGUGAAAGUCAUGGGUGCCCAGCCAAUAGCAGACUACUUGUUUACUCUGACCUGUGACACCGCUGGAACCAUUUACUCCAUUCACUGGAUGAAGAACGGCUGGCCUCUGUAUGCUGAUAACAGAACAGACUUCUCUAUGGACAACAAUACACUAACCUUCAACUCUGUCGAGGAUUCUGACAACGGAGACUAUCAGUGUUCUGCCUACAACCCCCUCAGCAACAUGACCAGCCCAGAAUACAGACUGAUCGUCAACUAUGGUCCAGAGAGACCUGUUAUCAUGAGUCCGGAUAUAGCGAUGACAGGACACAUUGUGAUCUUCAACUGCUCUGCCUCCUCUCAGCCUCCCAGCCAGUUCAGCUGGUUCUUCAAUGGCUCCCAGGUGGCGAGUGGCUCAGUGUAUGAGACUGGCCCACUGACCUUAGCCAGUCAUGGGGAGUACACCUGUGUGGCCUUCAACAACGUCACUGUCAGAAACAGCACUGUCUCCAAGAUGCUCACCAUCAUUGCACCUGUGACCAUGACCAUGGUGAAAGUCAUUGGAGCCCAGCCAAUACUGAACGAGAGAUUCUCUCUGACCUGUGGCACCGCUGGAACGGUUUACUCCAUACACUGGAUGAGGAACGGCGGGCCUCUGUAUGCUGACAACAGAACAGACUUCUCUAUGGACAACAAUACACUGACCUUCAACUAUGUCCAGCAUUCUGACAUCGGAGACUAUCAAUGUUCUGCUUCCAACCCCCUCAGCAACAUGACCAGCCCAAACUACAGACUGAUCGUCAACUAUGGACCAGAGAUGCCUGUUAUAACAGGACCAGCAUUUGGAGAAACAGGACACAUCGUGACCUUCAACUGCUCUGCGUCCUCUCAGCCUCCCAGCCAGUUCAGCUGGUUCUUCAAUGGCUCCCAGGUGGCGAGUGGCUCAGUGUAUGAGACUGGCCCACUGACCUUAGCCAGUCAUGGGGAGUACACCUGUGUGGCCUUCAACAACGUCACUGUCAGAAACAGCACUGUCUCCAAGAUGCUCACGGUUGUUGAACCUGUAACCAUGGCCAUGGUGAAAGUCAUGGGUGCCCAGCCAAUAGCAGACUACUUGUUUACUCUGACCUGUGACACCGCUGGAACCAUUUACUCCAUUCACUGGAUGAAGAACGGCUGGCCUCUGUAUGCUGAUAACAGAACAGACUUCUCUAUGGACAACAAUACACUAACCUUCAACUCUGUCGAGGAUUCUGACAACGGAGACUAUCAGUGUUCUGCCUACAACCCCCUCAGCAACAUGACCAGCCCAGAAUACAGACUGAUCGUCAACUAUGGUCCAGAGAGACCUGUUAUCAUGAGUCCGGAUAUAGCGAUGACAGGACACAUUGUGAUCUUCAACUGCUCUGCCUCCUCUCAGCCUCCCAGCCAGUUCAGCUGGUUCUUCAAUGGCUCCCAGGUGGCGAGUGGCUCAGUGUAUGAGACUGGCCCACUGACCUUAGCCAGUCAUGGGGAGUACACCUGUGUGGCCUUCAACAACAUCACUGUCAGAAACAGCACUGUCUCCAAGAUGCUCACCAUCAUUGCACCUGUGACCAUGACCAUGGUUAAAGUCAUUGGAUCCCAGCCAAUACUGAACGAGAGAUUCUCUCUGACCUGUGGCACCGCUGGAACGGUUUACUCCAUACACUGGAUGAGGAACGGCGGGCCUCUGUAUGCUGACAACAGAACAGACUUCUCUAUGGACAACAAUACACUGACCUUCAACUAUGUCCAGCAUUCUGACAUCGGAGACUAUCAAUGUUCUGCUUCCAACCCCCUCAGCAACAUGACCAGCCCAAACUACAGACUGAUCGUCAACUAUGGACCCGAGAUGCCUGUUAUAACAGGACCAGCAUUUGGAGAAACAGGACACAUCGUGACCUUCAACUGCUCUGCCUCCUCUCAGCCUCCCAGCCAGUUCAGCUGGUUCUUCAAUGGCUCCCAGGUGGCGAGUGGCUCAGUGUAUGAGACUGGCCCACUGACCUUAGCCAGUCAUGGGGAGUACACCUGUGUGGCCUUCAACAACGUCACUGUCAGAAACAGCACUGUCUCCAAGAUGCUCACCAUCAUUGAGGCUAUAACGUCGGUGACGGUGAAACGAAACAGAUUACCAAUAGCAUCUGACAACCUAACCCUGACCUGUGAUGUCACCGGGCGCUAUGACACCAUCUACUGGAUGAAGGACAACCUGUCUCUGGUCCUGAACAACACCUUGAACUCUGACAUAACCAUCUCUAACAACUCUCUGCACUUCAGUCCAGUCAAGGUGUCUAACGAUGGAAACUAUCAGUGUGUUGCCACCAACCUCUUUGGUCCAAACACCAGCCCUAAAUACCAGCUACUGGUGAACUAUGGCCCUAAGAGUGUGAAUAUCUCUGGCCCAGUCUCAGUGGUGAUUGGCUCAGUAAUCACAGUUACACUGAAGUGCUCUGCCGACUCCCGGCCAACCAGCGAGUAUGGGUGGAAAUUCAACAACCAAUCAGUUCUUGGGACUGGUCCUAUGAUGGCUGUUAUCGCCUCAUUGGAGAAUGCAGGGGACUACACUUGUGUGGCCAAGAACCCUGUGACCAACAUCUCAAUGUCCAAUACCAUUAGUCUGGAUGUCACUGGCCAUUCACUUGCCCCUCCAUUCCAGUCCAGAGGUGGUCUGAUGCUGACAGCCCUGCUAGCUCUCUCUCUCUGCCUUUGAUCAACCACUGAGACCACCACAGUAAGCACACUGCAUGUAUGUCUGCUGGUUGGCAGCCAAUCACCCCCUUCCCUCUACCCUCACUGACUCUCCUCGCAGAUAUGAAAAAGGACUGGAUAGGAACAAGUGGUAUUGUCGAUAUUGUAAUUGCCCCAUCUUGCCACCAUAGGGCUGGGUUUAGUAUGCUCAGCUCCUUUCCAAUGCUUUUAGAUUGUGAGGAGAGUCAACAAGAGGUCAGAUGGGAGGGGUCUAUCCCCUUAGAAUAGAACCCACCUCUACAGUGUAUUUAUAUGUCAAUCAUCUCUAUAAAUAAAAACCAAAAUCUUGAAAACUGGUUUUCAACAUGGUCAUUGAAGGGGCAAAGAUCCACUGCUCAGCUGCGCUGCCUAUUUCUGUUUCUAAUUAAAUGUUCUUAGAUAUUCACUGCACUUAUGACUGUGACUAUUGCCCUGGAGUCCAUUCACUCAGUCCCUUUCUGUGUUUCAUCAUGUAUGUAAACUCUGUUCAAGUACAAAUUCAGGUUUAUUUAACUUAUAAAUACCUUAAAGGUAAAAUGUUUCAAACGAUAAUACAUUUAGCUGGUGUUUAUGUAAAGCAUGGGUUGUUUUUCACAUAUUAAAUUUAUAAGCUUGUGAAUCCUCAGAGGAGAUGCAGGCUUGUGCUGUUGUCUUACGUUUAUAUUUCCUCUUCAUUAAUUAUUGUCUUAAUUAAAUAAAGUGCUGUCUUUUCA